AUGUUUUUCAAUCGUCUGUUCGGAGUAAGGUCAUUCUCCCAAUGUACUUUGCGAUUACAACAGGUGUCGUCGUCUUCCAUAAGGGGAACAUCAGAUUCCUUAAGAAUCAUUCCUAAAUUACAAACAUUUUAUUCAGCUAACCCUAUGCAUGAAAAUAAUAUUAAUCGUUUGGAAAGUUUAUUACGUAAAUAUAUCAAAUUACCGAGUCAAAAUGCUCUUUUAAAGACGCAUGGUGACUCUAAUGCAAGUUCUGAUAUUAAUACUAUUUUACAAUCCCAAAAUGGAAGUCGUCCUUUAUGGAUGUCCUUUAAAGAUUAUACUGUGAUUGGUGGUGGUUCUCGUUUAAAGCCUACUCAAUACACAGAACUUUUAUUCUUGUUGAAUAAGUUACAUAAUAUUGAUCCACAACUAAUGAAUGAUGAUAUCAAAGCAGAAUUAGCACAUUAUUACAAACAUACCUCUGCAGAGUUUGAUAAAGUAAAGGUUCCCAAAUUAGAUGAAUUUGGUAGAAGUGUCGGUAUCGGUAGAAGAAAAUCAGCUACUGCAAAAGUUUAUGUAGUCAAGGGUGAAGGGAAAGUCUUAGUGAAUAACAGACAAUUAAAUGACUAUUUUGUGAAAUUAAAGGAUAGGGAAUCUGUCAUGUACCCAUUACAAGUUAUAAAUGCCAUUGGAAAUUACAAUAUCUUUGUAACUACAUCUGGUGGUGGUCCAACUGGUCAAGCAGAUGCCGCUAGUUUGGCAAUUGGUAAAGCUCUAAUUGCUUUCAACCCUUUGCUAAAGACAAGAUUACACAGAGCUGGCUGUCUAACCACAGAUUACAGACGUGUAGAGAGAAAGAAACCUGGUAAGCUUAAGGCCAGAAAAUCUCCAACAUGGGUCAAGAGAUAG